AUGGAGUCGUUCAGUUUUAAUCUCCAAGCAGAGAAAACAAACGCAAUCCUAAAACAUAGGAAACUCCAAAGGGUAACAACGUUGUUACGUCUCGUUGAAGCGUGUGUCGUUUUGGUGUUGAUUUCACGGCUUUCUAUGAAGCUACCAGUUGUAGUAAGAAACUCAAGCGAGUAUCUAAAGGACUUUUCGGUCUUUAUGAAUAGUCCUUGUUUCGUUUUCCUCAUCGGAAACGUUAUAAUAAUAACGCUAUUCGUUCAGGGUUUAGGCAAAAACGUUCACGAAGAAACAGAGCAGGAUGAUAUUUACGAAAAGUUUGUCCGAAAAGAAAAAGAACAAAUAAGAAAAAACGAUUGUAGUACAGAAGGUGGUAACAGGGUAGUGGAGGAGGAGAAAGUAAAAAGAGGGGUGAAGAAGGGUUAUUGUUAUAGGAGGUGUGAGAGUGAGGUAUUGAAGAAACGACGUCGUGUGUUGCGUAGGUGUGAGAGUGAGAACAACAAGGGAAGGAAAAGUAUUGAAGGUGGUGGUGGUGGUGAAGAGGAAAUGGUUAUGAGGAUUUCGUAUCCAGAGGAUGAGAUGAGUAAUGAGGAGUUUCGUAGGACUGUAGAAGCUUUUAUUGCUAAGCAACAGAGGGUUCUUAGGGGAGAAGGGGAAGAUUGCUCUUAUUUGGUUUAG